GUUGGCAGCACUGUUUGCAACACUGGCCACGACAGCUCACCAAAUUAGCUGCUCUGCUGUGAUUUUGUUUUACAAUUUUCGUUUAAAUUUUUACAUUUUUGUUUACGGCGGAUAGCGCGGUGCGAGCAAAGUGCGCAGUUUCCAUGCAAAAGUGCAGUACGGCAGCAAUCGCACACACGAAGAACGGCACGCCAAGCGAAAACGAGUUCGACGUCUUGUUGUAGUUGGAUUUUCCAGCCACUUUUCGACGAGAUUGUGUGAAAAAUUCCGUAGCAUUCAAUAGCUCCAAAAUGGUGGAUAAGUUCAUCAGCAUGUGGAAAGUGCGCGAAUUGGCGGACAAGGUCACCAAUGUCGUGAUGAACUACACGGAGACGGAGGGCAAGGUGCGGGAGGCUACCAACGAUGAUCCCUGGGGGCCCACGGGACCCCUCAUGCAGGAGUUGGCCUACUCCACCUUCUCCUAUGAAACCUUUCCCGAGGUGAUGUCCAUGCUGUGGAAGCGCAUGUUGCAAGACAACAAAACCAACUGGCGACGCACCUACAAGAGCCUCCUCCUGCUGAACUAUUUGGUGCGGAAUGGCUCCGAGCGCGUGGUUACCUCCUCCCGGGAGCACAUCUACGAUCUGCGCUCGCUGGAGAACUACACGUUCACCGACGAGGGCGGCAAGGAUCAGGGUAUUAACGUUAGGCAUAAGGUACGAGAGCUUAUAGACUUUAUUCAGGACGACGAUCGGUUGCGGGAGGAGCGCAAGAAGGCGAAGAAGAACAAGGACAAGUAUAUCGGCAUGAGCAGCGAUGCCAUGGGCAUGCGGAGCGGAGGCUACAGCGGAUAUAGUGGUGGGUCCGGAGGAGGCGGCGGUAGCGGUGGCUAUAACGAUGGUGACUACUCAAGUCGCUCUAGUCGUGGAGACAAUUGGUACUCCGACAAGAACGCCGAUAAGGAUCGGUAUGAGGAUGAUGAUACUCACUACGAUGGAGAGCGCGAGGGAUCCGACAGCGACUCACCCAGUCCAAGACGUAACUAUCGCUACAAUGACCGCGCAAGUCCCGCCGAGGUGGCCAGCGAGGCCAAGCCCUCCAGCCUCAACAUGAACAUUCGCCCGAAGAGCGUCAGUUCGCCGGUUUCCAAGCAGCCCACCUCAACGGUGUCCGCCAAGCCGGCGCUGUCCCAGAAGAAGAUUGAUCUGGGUGCGGCGGCCAACUUUGGAAAGCCAGCUCCCGGCGGCGCUGCUGGCAUUCACUCGCCAACUCACCGCGACACUCCCACCAGCGUGGAUCUAAUGGGCGGCGGCUCGCCAUCACCGUCCACCUCCAAAACGGCCAACAAUAAUACGCAAAGCAAUAACAACGAUCUGCUGGACGAUCUGUUCAAGACCUGCUCGCCACCGCCGGCGCAGGAGAAGACCCUGAACAGUGCCGCUGUGAUUGUGGACGAAGAUGAUGACUUUAAUCCGCGUGCAAGCGAUGCUAGCCAGCAGGAAUUCGGAGACUUUGCCGCUGCCUUUGGAGGAGCGGCGACCAGCGAGCCCCCCUCAACGGGCCUGAUUCCGGCUGCCAACGAUGAGUUCGCCGACUUUGCUGCAUUCCAAGGUUCGACGACGUCAACCUCUGCUUUGGACGGGAAUCUGCUGAAGACGGCCACGCCGGCAAACGAUUCCUUUGACCUGUUCAACGCUGCUCCCGCGUCGACGGCGGCGGCCACAACGGCCACAGAUCUCCUGGCGGGCUUGGGCGAUCUGUCCAUUCACCAAAGCAUGCCCAUGGCUGUCGAAGAGCAGUUGGAAACGCCUUCUCCGCCGCCACCGCCGCCGCCAGAGGCAGUGCGUCUGGCUUUGGCCAGGGCUCAGAGGCUGCUGCGUGACUUGGAGCAGGUUCAGAGCGCUUCAGCUGCCUCCCAAGUGGCGGGUAUUUUGAGGGAACUGCAUGAUACCAACGCACUGCCCGGAUUUGCUACCCCCGAGCAGUUGGUGGGCCUCGAUCGACAGACCUGCGACUGGAGUUUGCUGGCCAAUGGAGAGUAUGCGGCGUUGCUCAACCAAUUGGUAGAGCUUUUCAGCCAGGAUUGGCCCGAACCCUCGCGGGAUGUGGAUGUCCUGAACCUGCUGAAACUCGAUCACAGCUUUGAUUAUGUGCGCGUUGCCUUUGAGACGCUUCAGGGAAGAUUGGAUCAGUUUCCCGGUACUAUAACGUCUUUGCUGGAAGCCAUGCUGAAGGAUGAGGGUCUGGUUUCCAUCGCCCUGCUGCAUAUUUCCCGCCAGAGAGGUUCCUUGAUGCAGCGCUUUGCCGGGACUAUCAAAUUAAUGCCCGAGAGGCGCGUAGAGGAGCUGGAUGCCCAGGUGAAGGGGUUCUUUCAACUGCUCAUCGGUCUGCCGGCCCAGGUGGCCAAUCGUCUGGGACGAAAGCUGCCGGAGAUGUUUGCCCCUGUUUCUUAUCAGCAGCUUCUACUGCGCCAGUGGCUGAAGUCCUUGUACUUUGUGCUGCAGUGUGAGGAUAGCGGGGAAUACUUUGAUUUGGAACCGUACUCCUGGCUUUUGUCACAGCUUGUGAACCUAAUUAACGAUGUCCCGACUUUGGAGAGUUUCCUGCGGGUGCUUAAAGACUACGCCGUGGCUCCCAGAGGAAGAAAGGUGGUGCAUACCAUAAUGAGGGAACUGGAUCCUGCUGCUUGCCUGAAAACAGCUCAAUCGGCCCUUUCUGCGGAGCUAAAUCUCUACGUUCUCAUAGGCGCUUCUGCCUUGGAAGCUCCUCACUGGAAGCACUGCCUGCUGCAGAAGUUGCCACUCCAACGGACACCAGUGGAAAACAAGCAGCUUACAACAUUGGCGAGUUAUCUGAAUGUGGUGGCUCCUGCUCAACUGCAGGUGCUCUUCAAUCAGUUGCUGGGAAUCUGGUCUAAGCGCAUCUCCUUGCACAAGCUGAGCAGCCAGGAGCACUUGGCCAUAUCCAAAUUGCUCGUUUUGGCUGGGAAGUGCCUCUGCCGAAAUCUUGAAAUGGAUCUGGACACCAAGCGUCAGCUGCACGACGGACUCAGCAACCAUUUGCAGUCCCCAGAUGCCCUCCAGCGACAUGUGGGCAUGAAGACAGUGGAGCUAAUAUUCAAUUUUAUGGCUUUGCCUGAAACAAAAGAGGACGAUCGUCUACGUUUUGAUUACGAGACUUUGAAGGAUACAUUGCAGUGGCACAUCUUCGAGGAGUUCGAUGAGUUGGCUCGUUUUGAUAGCCCCAGCAAGUCUAAGCUGGAUGAGAAGCCCAAUGAGGAUCAGGUGAAACAAUUAGAGUCACAUCUCAGGGACUUUAUGAGUUCUUCAGAAGAUAGGGAGGAAAACUAUGGCCAGAAUAUCGAAAUUAAAGCAAAGCCAACUGGCAAGACAGAGAAUAUUAGAAUGCAGCUGGACUCGGAUGACGAUGAGCCGCUGGACGAAGACGAUGAUGAUGAUUUGAAGCCCUACGACAUGUCCAAUGAUAUAACCAGCACCCUUGAGCAGCGCCCGAAAUUCGUUAUGGACUUGUUGCAGCUGCUUCGAACUAAGGUGGAGAAUUAUCAGGUGUUUGAAGGAGCCUUGGGCACGGCGGAGCAGCUCAUCCGAGGACAGCUGGCCAGGCAUGACACCCAGUUGGCCCUGGAUCUGCUCCAGCUUUUUCUGGUCAUGGAAAUGCAGUUCUACUACGAGCACUUUGAGCGUACUCAGUUCAAGUGUUGUGUGGCCAUUUGCGUGGCACAUCCUGGUCCCUGUGCCGAGUACUUGUGCCGCCAGUUCCACACGGAUAACACUUCUUACGCAGCCAGUGUGCGUAUCUUAAUCCUCCAGGUGCUGGCAGCGGCGGCCAAAGAACUUUCAGGCGAUGAUAGCAAGAAAGAUGAGUAUGAAAUCCUGGAUAUUGUGCCGCCGGCAGCCAAGCAGCCGCGAAAGUUUGAGCUUCAGCAGGAGGAGGAGAGUCCUGCCGCUCGGCUGGCCGCUGCCCAAAGGAUCAUUCGCGAACGACUGCGGGCCAAGACCAAAAGGUAUUUCAGCAAGCCAAAGUCAGGGGAUCGAAUGGAAAGAGCCAAUCCCUUCCACCCGGUGGCCGGUACCUUUUUCUUCAGUUUGGUUAGAGGUCAGCGGACACGGCAGAUGCUGUUCGUCAAGUACGAGAACAUAUCUCACGACAUCGACACCCAGUUGCUGGUAAAUCUGCUGUACACGCUCUCCGUGCUGGUCAUGUGCUCCCAGAACUGUCCACUGUUGCCGGCGAUGACGCGCGAGAUCUUCGAUUUGUGCGCCUUUGUGCGAUUUAAUGCCGAGGCCCGCGUCCGUGCGGCCACUCUACAGCUAAUAGGGAUCGCCCUGGUCACCACACCGAGCCAUGUGCUCGGUCAGCACUUUGCCGAGUCGCUAAACGAGCUGCAGCGUUGGCUGGAGGACUUCAUCAGAUCGCCCCUCGUGGGCGGGGAGACUUCUGAGGAGUGCCGGGACCUGGCCCAAAGCAUUCUGGACACCUGCUACAAGCUAUUUGAUUCAGCCGCCAUGGAACAAGCUGCCUAGCUGAGCCAUUUUAAGAUAUUUUU